AUGAAGGACACAGAAGACUGCAUAAGUGAUGUUGAUGAUGAUGCAGGAUUUCGAACGAAAGAGCCGGAUUUCACUGACAACACAGCAUGCCUUCCUACAGAUAUGCAUGCCGAUUGGCUUAGCGUUCUAGCUGCCGAAAAUUCUCGACGAAUAAGCGAAGCUACUGAAACGGAUCACGUAUUCAUCAAUUUUCGCUCAGCUGAAUAUAUCUUUACUGCAUGCACAAGACUUCGUCUACCAUCUGAAGUGAAAUAUGCGGCUUUGUUAAUCUUUGACAAUUUCAUGGUUAAGCUUGUGAACGGGUUACAUGAAUGCAUUUACAAUUCCAAUCGAUCAGAUCGUGAAAAAUAUCGUGAAUGGGAGCAUAUCGAGGCGGCACUAUCACGCCAGAUGACGCUUCGCAUAGUUUCAGCAAUUCAAAUUGCCUCAAAAAUGCAUAAUUAUUACGAGAGUGUUACGAUAAGGACCGCUAAGCUGUGCCUGCGUACACUUGGUUCUACGUAUACAGAAGAAGCGAUAGUACGCUCGGAAAUGCGCGUUCUCACGACAAUCGAUUGGGAAACAACUUAUCAGUGUACACCGCUUACUUAUGCUGAAUCACUGUUCAAAAUACUCCGUAAGUUGUCACAAAUCACUGUAAAAUUAGGAAAAUAUUUCGGGGCUUUUUUUAUCAUAGGCGGAUCCAAGACGGACUGCUGA